AUCAAAUAAAGUUGAAAAUACGAUUAUCAGCUAAAAUUUUUAAAAUUUGCAACUAAUUAUCUCUUAUAUGUUCUGCCACCGAUUCGAAGCAGUGCUUUGAGUUUCUUUGCACAAUAUUAAAGAUGGUUGCGAACGCUCCCCUACCCUUCCCUAAAGAUAAACAAUGGUCCCUCGGGUCCGGUCUUUCCGGGCCGGUGAUCUGUUGUCUUGAUAACAGCGUCUGUCUUGUCGGACGUGAGUGCGUGGCUAUGGAGGAACUUUGUUUUUACGAACCUCGCUUCGUCUAUUCACUCCUUUUAGCUCGGUAAACAGGAAUAGAAAUAUAUUGGGUUCAAAUUAGUGAGGUUUCACAGCAACACUAGCCAAACAGUCUCAUCAUCACUUGUAAUCCCAACUGCCACAAGGGAAGUAAUGAUUACAAGGGUUGUAAUAGCUACUAUUUUAGUCUGGAGUGGUUUUCCAAAGGGUGGUGACAACGCCUGUUUACCAAGCUCCUGUUUGAAUGGUGGAACCUGUGUUGUUACAGCAAGUGGACAGCAUUUAUGUCACUGUAUAGGAGGAUACACUGGAAGUGACUGUUCAGUGAACAUUGACGAAUGUGCUGCACAUCCUUGCCGCAACAAUGGAACCUGCAUUGACCAGAUAAACUCCUUUCGCUGUGAAUGUCACAGAGGAUAUACUGGAAUCAUCUGCGAGACAAAUGUUGAUGACUGUCAAGGUAACCCUUGCAAGAAUGGAGCAACUUGUCAAGAUCUUAUCUCUGAUUUCCACUGCCAUUGCCAGGCAGGCUUUGUGGGAAAGUUCUGUGAGACUGAUGUUGAUGACUGUGCAGUUUUGCCUUGUCGUCACGGUAGCACUUGUACUGACAGAGUGGAUGGAUUCUCCUGUACUUGCAAACCAGGCUACACAGGAAGUUUGUGUGAAGUAAACUACAAUGAAUGUGGCAGCAGUCCAUGUCAAAAUGGAGGAAUAUGUGCUGAUGGAGUGAAUGCUUACCUUUGCAUUUGUAAGUCUGGUUUCUCUGGAAAGGAUUGUGAAGUGAACAUUGAUGACUGUAUCCAAGCACCGUGCAAAAAUGGAGGAACCUGUCAUGACCUUGUCAAUGAUUUCCAUUGUGACUGUGCAGUGGGCUUCGAAGGUGCAACUUGUGAAGCAAAUAUUGAUGACUGCUUGUCCACGCCAUGUGAUAAUAAUGCAACAUGUGUUGACUUAGUCAAUGGAUUUUCCUGUACAUGCUUACCAGGGUUUAGUGGACAAAAAUGCGAUGUUGAUAUCAAUGAAUGCAAAGACCACAAAUGCAUGCACAAUUCAGCUUGUAUUGACAGAGUAGGCUCGUACAUGUGUGUCUGCAAGCCUGGUUUCACAGGGCAGUUCUGUGAAGUGGACAUUGAUGAUUGCAUUGCUCAGCCUUGCAAGAACCAAGGAGUGUGUGUAGAUGCAGUUAACGACUUCAGAUGUGUUUGCCGCACAGGGUUUACAGGAAAGGACUGUGCAGUUAACAUUGAUGACUGUGCAAAUGACUCCUGCCGUCAUAAUGCAACAUGUGUAGACCUGGUGAAUGAUUUCAAGUGCAGUUGUCCAAAAGGUUAUACCGGUAAAGACUGUCAUAUAAAUGUCAAUGAGUGCGCACAUCAGCCUUGUCUGAAUGGAGGAACCUGCAUUAAUAGGGAAGAUGGAUUAGGGUUUGAUUGCCUUUGCCGCAAUGGAUUCACAAAUACAACUUGCUUAGUUAAUGUAAAUGACUGUUCACCUAAUCCUUGCCAUAGUGGAAAAUGUAUUGAUUUAGUUGACAACUUCAAAUGUGACUGUCCUGGGAACAUUACAGGAAGAACCUGCACUGGUUCAGUAAAUGUGUGUAACACAUUCUCUUGUCGCAAUGGAGGGACAUGCAUCUCCACUAACUCCUCAUAUCAAUGCCUUUGCCCAGAAGGGAUUACUGGUAUUGACUGCGAAGUAGAUAUUGAUUAUUGCCAAUCACACAGCUGUCAAAACAAUGCCACUUGUUUAGAUGGCAUUAAUAACUAUACUUGUCUUUGCUUGAAGGGAUAUGCUGGUAGUAACUGUGAAACAGAUGUUAAUGAAUGUCUUGAUGAUCCUUGCAACAAUGGAGCAACUUGCAUAGAUUUAAUUAAUGACUUUAAAUGCCUAUGUGCCCCAGGAUUCAAAGGACAUACAUGUUCUGUGGACAUCAAUGAGUGUUAUUCUUUUCCUUGUUAUCAUGAUGCUAUUUGCAAUGACUUGGUGAAUGGUUUCAACUGCACUUGUAGGCCAGGUUUUACAGGGAAGAAGUGUGAGACAAACAUUAACGAAUGCAAGUCAAAGAGUUGUCUAAAUGGUGGCUAUUGUCUUGAUGGCAUCAGCAAGUAUGAAUGUCUGUGCGCUCCUGGGUUUGGUGGCAGCCACUGUGAAAUCAACAUUGAUGACUGUGCACGGCGGCCUUGUAAAAACUCUGGCAAUUGUACUGAUUAUGUGAAUAACUACAAAUGUACCUGCUCACCUGGUUAUACUGGAAGACAGUGUGACAUUGAUAUUGAUGACUGUGUUGAUCAACCAUGCCGUCAUAACGGCUCGUGCACUGACAUUGUGAAUGGUUACAUAUGUAACUGUCCUGUAGGCUACUCAGGUGUCCAUUGUGAGACAGACAUAGAUGAGUGUCAACCACAGCCAUGUGUCAAUGGGACAUGCUUGGAUAAAGAUGGUAGGUUUGAAUGUGUCUGCCAAACUGGCUUCACUGGAAGUCUCUGUGAAAUGAAUAUAGAUGACUGUGCCAGUGUUCCUUGUCAAAAUGGAGGCAGCUGUUUUGAUAUGGUGGAUGACUUUCACUGUUUGUGUCCUCAUGGAUUCAAAGGGAGAACUUGUGGAGUGAACAUUGAUGAUUGCUCUAUGCAGCCAUGUCAACAUAAUGGCAGCACAUGUGUGGAUGGCGUGAAUACGUUUAGCUGUGUGUGUGCUGUAGGUUAUACAGGUGUCAACUGUUCUGUUGAAGUUAAUGAGUGUGCACCUUCACCUUGUCAGAAUAAUGGAACUUGCACGAACAAAAUAUCUGACUUCAAAUGCUGGUGUCCAUCAGGCUUCACAGGUCGCCAUUGUGAGGUAAAGGAAAUUAAGUGUGACUUGUCUCCAUGCCAGCAUGGUGGGACAUGUACUGACAGCCCAGAGGGUAUCCAAUGCACCUGUUUAACAGGUUUUACCGGACAAACAUGUAACGUUACAACAAACACAUAUGGAUGCCAUAAUAUGAUUUGUUUAAAUGGUGGGAGCUGUCACCAUGUUGGAGAUACAAGCGAGUGUAUAUGUCCUUAUGGCUACCAUGGUCACCACUGUGAAAUUAAGAAGGACAGGUGUCAGUCAUCUCCUUGUCGUAAUGGAGGCACUUGUGUUGACAAUGGUGCGCUCCUGUUCUGCAAAUGCCCUGUAGGACACUUAGGAAAAUACUGUGAAAAAGCUUUUGACCACUGCAUAGUUCGAGUGGCUGAUAGCAACCUAACAUUUCCAUCCAAUAUCUGUGGGCCACACGGAGCAUGCGUAAGUCGCCAAACUGGUUUCUUGUGCGCGUGUCAUCCGGGAUACUCAGGACUUCUCUGUCGGUACGAAAUUAACGAGUGUUUGUCGAAUCCUUGCGAGGAAGGCACGAACUGUAUUGAUGGAAUUAACACGUUCACUUGUGAACCUCUCUCCGGUGACACUGAAAUGCAGCUCAAGGGUUCGUCCACUAAACGUUCGUAUGUUGUACCGGUUGUGGUGGCAAUAGCUGUGUUCGCCGUAUUUACUGCAAUCGGAGUGUUUGUCUAUAAAACGAGACUCCAGAGGCAAAGGAAUGGGCGGAUGAAGCUCACAGAGCAUCAUGCUGACACGCUACCCCAACCCUACCACGAGCAAAAAACCUUUGAGAACCCCAUAUACCAGCCUUGUGACGAAGUAAUUGCUGUGGAAUGCCGUGACGAACUCGACGCACUAAAAGCUCUGAGAACACAGAUCGACCAAGAGCUUCUUGACCUCUCCUUCUUAAGCGAAGGAGAAAGUCUGGGGCAAAGAGAACUCAGGAAAAGCACUUCGGCCCCAGAUCUCCGCAACUUGCAAGUCACCGUCACGGAUAUGGAAAGUAGCAGCGUGUGCUCUGUGGAUGACCUAUCCCAGGGAUCCGCGGGAGCAGUGCGGUUUUUGGGAACAAGCUCAAGUAGCAGUGGGAAUGCCAAUGGUUUUGUUGCCGUGGACGUAAAGCGCUCAAAAGAAUGGCUUGAUACUUACCUUUAAAGCGUAAGAAAAAACGGAACUACCUCGGAUACAGUCGUAGCCAACUUGAAACUCUCAGUUUUCAUGAAAGGGGUUGCCAGGCAGUAGGUCUUGGGCUUUUGAGCCAAACCUAACGUAACCACUUUCGUAGGGCCUGCAAGUUCUCUCGAUGUUUUCUUAUUGGAAGAGAGAAAUCGAGAAUUCUUCGGUUAUUUGCCAGACUGUACAGGUACAAAGCUUUUUUGUGUUGGUGUCAAAAUUUCUUGCUUGCGUUAGGUUUGAUUUCUGACCAAAGUGAGCUUCUCUCCUGGAAGAACGAAUGAACAGUUCACUCGAAAUAGCGACAGUAAUCCAAGCUACAAUUGGUAGGCUUAUUUCUUUCCCAGUGGAAAUGGUGACUGAAACUGCAUGCUGGAGAAAGAAGAGAAGAAUACGAGUUCGAAAGCCCCGAGCUGCCAGGACAAUAUCGUUUUAAUUCAUAGCCUUGGUUUUUUUUACGUACUGACUCGUUUCAAUUUCCUUCUUUACCAUUCCGUCUCGAGUAUCGACUUCUAAAAGAGGAAUUAGGUUUCAUUACAUGUACAGUUAUUACAUAGAUGGUUGUCUUCAACACGUCUAUCAACAGAAACAAGCUUCCUUAGAGGAUAUGUUAUACGGGUAACAUUUUCCUUGUCGCCCAACAAUAUUGCCUUGUAAGAUGACAAGCGUUUAUUUAUGAAGAAGUUUCUAGUAUACGUACACGAGUCGUACAUUAAGUUAUGAGUAGAAUAUUUAAUAGGAUUUGUCCGUAAGUGAAAUAAUGAAUCGAGUUCAUUAUAAAAACAGGAUAGUUUAUGCUGGACUAAGUUUGUUAAAAAAAUUGUUUUCUAAUAUUACAAAUUAUUUAUCAAUUAUCCUCAAAACCACAAGAUGAACAUUAAAUUCAGAUUGAGAAAUGUGAAGAAAGAAAUAUGAGAGAUUGAAAUUUGUGUUAAGUGACAAAGGUCAAAUAUCUAUGUUUAAAUGUUGACGGAAAGACUCGAAAACCUUUGAACUGUCACUUGUAUUUUUCUUGUUUGUGUGAAGAAAAUGCUAAAUGCAUGUAACGAAAAUAAACUUGAGUUGCUGAA